AUGGAGAUAGCCAAUAAGUCUACUGUGUCUGAAUUUGUUUUGCUGGGGCUCUCUAACUCCUGGGAACUACAGAUGUUUUUCUUUAUGGUAUUUUCACUGUUUUAUGUGGCAACAAUGGUGGGAAAUAGCCUCAUAGUCAUCACGGUGAUAGCUGAUGCUCACCUGCACUCGCCUAUGUAUUUCUUGCUUGCCAACCUUUCCAUCAUUGAUAUGUCUCUUGCCUCCUUUGCCACCCCCAAGAUGAUUACAGACUACCUAACUGGUCACAAAACCAUCUCUUUUGAUGGCUGCAUCACUCAGAUAUUCUUUCUACACCUUUUCACUGGUGCUGAAAUUAUUUUACUCAUGGCCAUGUCCUUUGACAGGUAUAUUGCAAUAUGUAAGCCCCUGCACUAUGCUUCCAUCAUCAGCCCCUGGGUGUGUGUUGCUCUUGUUGUAGCUUCCUGGGUUGUGGGAAUCAUGCAUUCAAUGAGUCAGGUCAUCUUUGCCCUCACAUUACCGUUCUGUGGUCCCAACCAGGUAGACAGUUUUUUCUGUGACCUUCCUGUGGUAUUUCAGCUGGCUUGCGUGGAUACUUAUGUUCUAGGUCUUUUUAUGAUCUCGACAAGUGGCAUAAUUGCUUUAUUCUGCUUUAUUCUUUUAUUCAAUUCAUAUGUUAUUGUCCUGGUCACCAUCAAGCAUUAUUCUUCCCAGGGUGGAUCUUCUAAGGCCCUUUCUACCUGUACAGCUCAUUUCAUUGUGGUCUUCAUGUUCUUUGGGCCCUGCAUCUUCAUCUACAUGUGGCCACAAAGCAGUUUCCUGAUAGAGAAGAUCCUGUCUGUGUUUUAUACCAUCUUUACUCCCAUUCUGAACCCAGUAAUCUAUACCUUGAGAAAUCAAGAAGUAAAGACAGCCAUGAGGAAACUGAAGAAUAGGUUUCUAAAUUCCAGGAAGACAAUUCCUUCUCAUUAUUUUUAA